UACUCAUAUCCCCAUGAGGAAUAAUGUUCUUGUACAAAUGCUUCACAUUUUCAGUUGAAGAGAAUAUUUCAUACAUAAAAUUCUCUUAAUGAAGUUGUUAUUUCACCAGUUUCUCGACAGCUUACUGCAACCUGGAUUAUCACUUGAUAAGGAGUUAUGAAUGAAAUUUAGCAUGGUUCAUUGUCCCUAGGAUGCAAAUUCGGUUAGUAGUCAAAACAAACAGAGAGGAGCAUGUAUUAAUAAGAAAAAUCGUGAUGAGAAAUUCGAAGGUUAUGAAGACAUGACAAAAUGUCGCAAUCGUAUACAUUAAGCAACCGAUAAUCCUCUAAAAUUGAUAGAUUAAGACACUAGGUUUAUUGACGAGCGAAAUGUGUAAAACGUAACUCGGUAUAAUGGAAGUUAAUGCAAGCAUAUCUACCCAAGUAUAUUCGUUUAGGCGUUUCCGCAGACACUUCAACCAUUAUUGCAUUCCUUAUUGGGUUUGGGUUUCUUAAUUUAUGUAGGAAGCUCAGUGAUGCCUUUGAAGUGAAGACAGGAGAGAAGACAAGGCUGCCUACUAUCACCCAUGAUAUUGCUGAUUGUGGUGGACUGGAUCAUGCAGCGAACCGUAAGGAGCGAGAAGUGGGCAUACGCUGUUUGACCGAUGAAAAGAUCCUAGGAGAAGAUUUGGAUUUCUCCGAUGACUUGUGUCUAAUGUCACACAAACUCGAAGAUCUACAGGCAAAAUUCAACAAUUUGACAGAAGAGGCGAGGCAGGGCAGCGAAGACAGGACUUCAAGUGGAAGUAGAGAAGACGGAGGUGAUGAAGAUACUCAACCAGCAACAACAACAACAAGCUGCAAUCACCAUCAACGGGAGAAACUUAAAGGAAGUAGCCUCAUUCACCUACACCUACCUAAGCAGCAUCGUUUCAACUGCAGGCGGAGGCACAGAUGAGGAUGUCAAAGCAAGGAUCGGAAAAGCAAGAGAGGCGUUGAUUAGCCUGAAACCGGUGUGGAGAUCUACUGCACUGCACUGCACUGCACUGCACUCAGCAUAAAGCGGGAACAACAUUCGGAUUUUCAACAUCAACAUCAACGUCAAGUCAAUGCUUUUGUAUGGUUGAGAGACUUGGUGCGUUACGAAAGGGA